UCUCAACGGAAGCGCCAACGUGAGCAUGAGUUAAGGUAAACAUGGUCGACGAAGCCACGAAACGUACUCUUGCAAAGAUUCCUUUGCUAAAAACGAAGGCAGGACCCCGGGACGGCGAACAAUGGGUCUUACGACUGAAAGAAGAAUAUAUGUCAUUGAUUAAGUAUGUUCAGAACAACAAGGAAUCUGACAACGACUGGUUCCGUCUAGAAUCCAACAAAGAGGGAACCCGUUGGUUUGGCCGAUGCUGGUACAUCCAUGAACUACUCAAAUAUGAGUUUGAUGUUGAAUUUGAUAUACCUGUUACAUACCCCACCACCGCCCCAGAAAUAGCAUUGCCAGAACUGGAUGGUAAAACUGCCAAAAUGUACAGAGGAGGGAAGAUUUGCCUGACUGACCACUUUAAGCCUCUAUGGGCCAGAAAUGUUUCCAAAUUUGGCAUUGCGCACGCCAUGGCAUUAGGACUUGGGCCAUGGCUAGCAGUAGAGAUCCCCGACCUGAUCAGUAAAGGAGUUGUAACACACAAAGAAAAACAAGGAGAAGGGGCAGAAAACUGACACUAAUCUAGACUUCUAAUCAAUAAUGACAGGAUCAAACAAACCGAUGGUUGUCAGUGAUUUGAUGUCUGGUUAUCAGCUAUACUCAUUUGUUAAAUUGAAAGAUCAACAAUUAUAAAAUACUGACUUGUCAUAAUCAUGUUAGGAUUAUUUCAAAAAUAUAAUUUUCCUUUUUUUUUCCAUACACAUUUAAGAUUAACACUACUGGAACUUAGCGAAAUUCCUGUUUGAAAAGCUGUUCAAGAAUUAUUCUGUAAGAAUAUUACAAAAAAAUUCAAUUCCAAUUGUUUUUUUUUUUAACUUUGUCGCUUCUGCAUUUUUUUAAAUGAGAAUACUAUUUGAUAUUGGUGAACCAUCUAGUCACUGAGAUAGCUGUAAGAGAUCAUUUUUAAGCACAUGCAGUGUACUGUCUGUUUGACAUCUGCAUAGUGAGACCCACUUCUGGUUUCUGUUCAACAAAAUCUUUGUUUUAGUACAGUCUCUCUGUUCAAAUUUAUCUGUCUGUGUUUAUCUGUCUAGAUUUACCUGUUAAUAUUUAUCAGUCUAGAUUUAUCUGUCCAGGUUCACCUGUUUAGAUUUAUCUGUCUAGGUUUUUUUCAUUUUUCUUAUAGUGUCUGGUUCAACACCAGACUAUUACUGUGAAGUGA